AAUCAAAAAAAAAUUCAUGAUUUUUGGAUUGUGGAGCACAAAGUUAUGGUCGUUCAAAGUUUGACGAAAUCGAAAAAAGGGUCGUUCGGGGUAGCAAACGACAUUUUUUCGAGACGAAGGCGGGACCAAACCGCCUCCGGCUGUUUGCGGCUUGCAAGAUCUCAAAAAAUUAUGCGGAAUCAAAAAAAAAUUCGCUACGAUCGGAUAACCGAGCACAAAGUUACGUUGUUUUAAAGUUUGGACGCAGGUCAGUGCUUCACCGUUUUGCUCUCCCACGGUGAAGCAAUCACCGUUUUGCUCUCACGCGGUGAAGCAUUCACCGUUUUGCUCUCCCACGGUGAAGCAAUCACCGUUUUUCUCUCACGCGGUGAAGCAAUCACCGCCCUUCUCUGACGCGGUGAAGGCCCAAACAUGUGUAGAUUGGGAAUUUUUUUCAUAACAUGUGUAUUUUGAGAAUUUUUUUUAAAAACAUGUGUAACUUGGGAUUUUUUCCAACUAUUAGCCAGCAGAAAAUUCAUUUUUCAAUGAGUUGGUUUAUACAAUGUCAACAACAAAAACAUAAUUUAUAUAUUUUGUAACCAACACAUCAUUUGGGUAUUAGCCAUAUAUAAUACUACUUUUGGUUUUUGAAUGAUAAUUUUUUAUGUCAACUUUCUUUGCAAAUUGUAAUGAUUUCAAAGUGUAUGAAUCAUAACGUAACAUAACUUGUAUUUGAAUGCGGUCUCCAAAAAUAUUAAUGACUAUUUUACUAGAAAAUAAUUAUAAAGUAUUAUUUGAGAAUGAUUGAAAAAUAUUGAGUUUAUGAAGAUGAAACAAAGAAGAAUUAGUAUUGGAUUGAUGAUAAAAAAAGAGAGGUUAAGAUAGGAAUGUAAUGACCAAAACACGAGACAUUUGAGUUUUUCGAUACAAUCAAAUAAAUGUUGGCAAAAUAAUCCAAAAAACUCAAGCAAAAAUAAAACCCCUAGUGCACUAAAUAAAACUCUGGAAAUCGAUCAAACGACCCUACUGCAUUUAGUUGACAAUACUUGCAAUUUGUAUUCUUCAUGUACAGCCUAUGUGUAUGUAUGUAGACAAAUACAAAUGAAAGCACAUGGCGUUUCAGUCUCUGUUGCGCCGGGAAUGGGAAGUCCAGAUCACACACAUUUAUAGAGAGGCCAACUUCUUGGCCGAUUGCCUGGCUCAUAAGGGACACUCGUUGUCUCCGGGCUAUCACCCUAUUGCUCUUUCCGAUUUAGAUGUUAGCCGCUGGGCCCUUUUUGACUAUGUUGGCGGUUUUACCGUUCGUUCGAUAAUUGAAUAAGAGGUUGUGGUGCUUUGCACCUUUUCACCAAAAAAAAAAAAAAUAGAAAAUGUGUCUAACCGUAAUGGAGAAAAUAGUAAACAAGUACUAUUGACCAGUUCCAUUUUUUCUAUAACCUAAUAUUAGCUGUAGUCACUUAAUGAGCAGUUAAAUAAGGCACUUCUCUCUCGUCACAUUAUAACCAAAAAUAAUAGUACCACUAUUCCACCUUUUGUAUGCAUAUUUGUAGACUUAACAUUUCUCCUUAAUUAUAACUCCACUAUAUAAUAUGUAUACUGUAUAGAACAUUCAAGAAGACGAUGCAAAUUAACUUGAAUCAACUCCAAAAUGAAAGAGUUUAAAAAAACACAAAAAGUUUGAUAAUAAUUCGAAACAAGAUAGGUCCCAAAAACAAAAGUUGAUAGAUAUGAUCACCGGAGAGAAUCAGCGGCCAUGGGCCGAUUUAUGUCCUGAUAUCUUGGACUCCAUCUACACGAGACUUUCGUCCCACGUCGACGGUACCCACUUUGGCAGCGUAUGCAGGAGUUGGCACCAAAUCCACUCCCACAUCUCACUUUCCAGCCCUCUGCCUGUGGAGAUCAAGCACAUAAGCUUCUCAAGCUCCGACGUCGUCCAAGUGCGGGAGGAUAACCGACUUUUCAUCCAACCACGGCGUGAAUCUCAAAUCCCAGAUAUGCUUGUAGGUGCCCACGUAGAAAUCCUCGGAAGGGCGGGCGCAUGGUUGCUUAUAAAAGUGCAUGGUAUUUACUUGGGUUGUUACAAUCCUCUACUCCGAAGUUUCGAAAGCUACAUUGAUCUUCCUUUUCCGAGUUUUCACUUUUCUAACUACCGUGGUGAUCGGGCACCAAUCCCAAUCAAUGUUGCUUUCUCCGGACUACCUACUGCUCGCGGCUCGAUGAUCCUCAUGGUCUAUGGUGAUCGAUAUUUCAGCAUGCUUCGUAUUGGUGAUGACUGGAGGUGGAAGACUUAUGAUUUCUCCUUGGGACGGAAAACAAGACAAAUUUGUCUUGGCGUUGGCUACAAAAAGGAGUGGUUCUUCUGCUUAUUUGAAAUGGGGGACAUGUUGAUUAUAAACACGAACCAUAAUGAGACGAGGAUGUUGCUGGCGGCGACUAAGCCUCUGCUUCCAGAGCAACUCCAACGGUGGGACAGAUUGCGUGUUUUGGCGGUGGUGGGUAAAACGACGACAGUGACUAAUGAUGAAUAUCAUAAGGUAGGAGAGACGAUAGGGUCUAUGGUGGUCAGUCAUUGGGAGCGAGAUCGUGAGGCGAGUCAGAAGUAUAGCUUCGGACUGGUAGCAGUGGAGGAAAAUGCUAUGAGAAUGACUGAUUUAUUACUGGAGAAUGGUGAUGAUUGUGAAAUGGUGUCAUUGGAGGAUGGGGACGACAGCAAGGGGAUGAUUUUUGUGAAAUACCCAUUGCUCUUGAAGAGGAAUUACGACGAAUGUUAUGCUUUCACAUUGUUCGUUGUUGCUUUUAUAGUUUUAUGUGUUAGUUUCUUAUGGAUUGGCAAUUUGAUAAACGGUUGGAUAUAUAAAUAGGACAAAAAAAAGCAUGUGGGAUUAUGAAUGGGAAAAAACAACAUGCCUUAUAUAAUGAUUACGGUUCCAUUGUUUGCUUAUACGAUUGUUGUUUUAUGCAUGUAAAUGUAACAAUACAUAUCUGAUCUAGGUAUGUGCCAAUUAUAGGAUUAAUGUCGAAUACACUAUUAUCAUUGGAACAUCCAAAGUAUAAAAAAGUGUCACUUCUAUUACAAACAAUUCAAUAUGACAAAUUAUCUCAAACUAUGAGGUUUCAGGUCAUUUAUAUAUAGGUUAAGUAUUGAAAUAUGUAUUUAUUUUCAAGGUUAAUGCAUUGAAAAAUGGAACCGAAUUUUGUUUUCUAUUUCACCCUCUUUCUAACUAGCUUGUGUCCGGCCUGUUGGCCGGAAGAUUUAAUGGAUUGGUGGAUCUAUUGAUCAAAUGGAUAGAAAGAUUGGAUAAUGAAUCCAAGUAAUAUUAAACAUCAAACCAAUAUGAAACUACGAAAAGAUUAGGUACUAAAAUCUCAUAUUAAAAAAUUUAGGUAUCAAAACAUAAUUUUUCAAUACUAUUUUCAUUAAAAAUGAAAUGUAGUUAUCAAAUUGAAAAAUAUAAUAAAUAUAGUUAUUAAACUGUAAUAUGUCAAAUAUCCAAUCCAUCAAUCUAAUUGGAUUUAGGUUAAAUGAAUUAGGUUCAAAUGAAUUGUCGAUAUUUGAGCGGAUGGAUUGGUGGAUUGGAUACAAAAUUGUUGCCUUUAUCUAGUAGUAUGUGGUGAUGAGAACAUCCAUCACACUUUGAGUUCAAACCUUGGGCCAACCAUCAACGAAAAAGAAGAUGACAAAUGUUUAUUUCCAAGAUGGUCUUUUAAACUUGAAAUGGAAACCAUUAACUAACUUUAAAUAGUUUUCUUGAAUAUAAUGACGAUCAUGUUUUAGAAAUCCUACGAUACCAUCAGGUUGGAUCGAAAAUAUCGAAUAUCGAACCCAAACCAGUAAACGAUUUUAGCGAUAGAAAAUGAUUGAACUAUGAUUAAACCACAAUUUUAAUACGAACCCUACCAUCGAUUUUUCUGGUCUACCCUCAUGUACGGUUUCUCAAUUCUCAAAUAGUACAUUAUACAUUAUUAUGUAGUUAAUUUAAUCGAUUUUCUUCAAUGCAAUAAACAACAUUGAAGUCC